AUGAAUGCACGACACCAGAAGUUUCGUUUAAAUGUUGAGUUGCGCCAGGUAAAAGAUGCAGCCGCUUGUUUUCUCCACUCCCUUCUAUUGCAUCGAUGCGUUGGAAAGUUCGAGUACAGCGCGGAGAAGCACUUCACCCUCGGCUCCCUGGGGUUCGCCGAGGUCGACUGCGAGAAUAUCGAUCUCACCUAUGUACGAAUAAACAGCGACGAGCUGUGCGCGAACAUCGACGAGCACGUCUGCGCAUUCUACUCGGAUGUGGCCGAGAGUUUGACCUCGCAUCCGCCCACCCCGGCCUCAUCUCCAUCAAGUCCGCCGAUAAACCGAUUUGGAGACCCCAGCUCCUCGUCGACGCAGGUGAUGCUCGGCCUCGAGUUUCUGCAGAAAAAGAAGCGCCAAUGGCCCUUCAGCGAGGAGCUCGCCUCGUGGGAGGUGUGGAACCUCGGCCUAGAGAUUUGCCGUACAUCAAAUGAUGAGCUGUCGGUGAUGCGGGAGAGCGUGGCCGAGGCGCUCGGCGAUUUGGUGCUCGCCGUCUGCUCACAAAUAAAUCGACCGCAAUACAUGCCGAAGAUGCCCAGCAAAACGGAGCUGACGAGCGUCUUUGACGUCCAAUUCUCCGACUGUCAACCCUACCUCUACAAGGUGGUCACCUCAACCCCACUCAACCGCCGCCUUCAAGCCAGCCAGCGCCCACUCGCCACCAUCCAGUCGGUCAUCAAGAAUCUGGCGUAUCCGACG